CUACAAAUACAUUUGAUGCAUAAAACAAUAUUUAUUCGAUCUACUCAGCUUUUUGUUCUGUUUAAGCCAUUUUACAUGUAGUACGGUAAGGAUGCUUUCAGCACAAAUACAGGCAACCACUAGAGCAAUAAUGUCAGAUAAUUUUGCAGAUGAUAUCCUGUCAAGCUCAGCUAGUGGCGCCAACCCAGGCCAAGCCUCUUAUGGCUUGGACAGAGGACCCACCCUGACCGCCUGUGGCCCAGGCAGCGGCCCAUCGUCAGCUGUUUUAGGCUCGGACGGUGGCAGGGAGCGGCCGGCCGUGCAGGCGCGGUGUCUGAUCUGCGACUCUGUGCAGCAGUCCGGCGCCGACUGCCGUCCGCUCUCCGAGCCAGUGGGCGACGGCUGCUCGGCGGACGACUGUCUGAGCGCCGUGCUGCGGCGGCCCGUGCCGCCGCUGCUGCAGCGCGCCGCGGUCGUCUGCGGCGCCUGCCUCCGGCUGCUGAAGGACAUUGUCUCGCUGGAGGUGCGCGGCCGCGCGCUGCGCCGCUCGGUACGCUCCAGUCUCAUACAGUCGUACCGUAGCGCUGUGUCUCGGCUGCGGCCCACCGCCGCUGGGAGUCAGGGCGAUGCAGACGAAGUGCUCAGGAGCCUGCAGAUGGCUGAGGAGGAGGACAGUCAGAUGCUGGCGUGCGGUGCUCCGAUCCCUCUGUGUAAAACGUGUGGGGAGAGAGCGAUCGAUACGGCAGCCGCUGCGGCAAAGGCCAGUGUGGAGAAUGGAAAGCUCAAUGACAAAUCGAGCCUCGAGGUCGAAGUUCAUAUGAAGAGGCCAGCGAAGCGACCUCGGCUUUCUCAAGUGGACAGCGCUCCAGCUGCGAUCACCAGUGCUCGUGGUCGAACCAGCAGCGUUACUCCCGUGGAUUCCGACGUCAUCAGCCGGUCUCCAGGAUCUGCUGACGUCACCAGGGGCGCUCCGGCUAGUUUGGACGUCACCGGCUGUGCUUCGGUCAAUGUCGACGUCAUUUGUGAUCGUUUGGGCAUUUCUGACGUCACAUGUGUAGCUCCGUUCACCCCUGACGACUCCACUGUCUCGCCACUGGCGUCUGGGCGCCCGUGUCCGAGGGAGUCCCCUGCACCGGACCCAGCGCCGCUCUCGGACAGUGGUGGAGAUAAUACCGGCGGCACAGCGGGUGAUCUGGACGAGUCGGGACACCCUGCCGAAUCAGGGGACUCGGCAGCCCCGGAGGACCCUGAGAGUCUCAAAGAGCUGCGUGCCAGCGCGAGUAAGCAGGGCGCGGGCGGCCCGCGGCGGGCGCUGCGCCGUCGCCGUCCGGCCGCUCCCGCAGAACAGCCGGGGGAGGAGUCUGACGAGAAGGAGUCUGUUCCCGCGGGCCCGCGGUGCGAGCAGUGCGGGGCGGGGUUCGCGGACGCCGCCGAGCUGGCGCAGCACCGCUCCUCGUGCGCGCCGGCCGUGCUGUGGAGCUGCGCGCUGUGCGGACGCGCCUUCUCGCAGCUGCCGCAGCUGAAGCGGCACACGCGGCAGCACCAGCUGUCCACGCGCCAGCUGGCCGCCUGCCUCAAGUGCGGAGUGGUGUGCGCGGACCGGGCGGCCCUGGAGGCGCACGGCAGCGCCCACCCGCCGGAUGCGCCCGACAUCCAUGUGUGCGCCUUCUGCGGCCAGGGCUUCUGGGCCGAGGAGGCGCUGGCGGCGCACGCGGCCGCCCACAUGGACACCUGCACCGUGUGCCACAAACAGCUGCGCAAGGACAGCAUGCGCGAGCACAUGCGGCGACACACGGGCGAGACGCCCUACGGCUGUGAUGAGUGCGGCAAGCGGUUCGUGGCGUUCUCCUCGCUGCGCGCGCACCGGCGCACUCACACGGGCGACAAGCCGCACAAGUGCCACCUAUGCGCCGAGAUGUUCCACCUGAAGGAGAGCCUGGCCGAACACCUGGAGCGACACGAGAACCGGACGCUGCGCUGCGGCCUGUGCUCGCGUGAGUUCCCCAGCUCGCGGCGGCUGGCGGCGCACAUGAAGACGCACGACAAGCGCCGCCACCAGCCGCACACGUGCGAGUUCUGCGGCCACGGCUUCAUGAGGAAGCGGUCGCUGCGCGCGCACCGCGCCCGCCACACGGGGCCGCUGCCGUUCGUCUGCGACGUCUGUGGGAAGGGCUUCACCUACGAGGACGCGUACAAAGAACACCUCAGCGUACACUCAGGUCAGCGGCCGUACACGUGCGAGGUGUGCGGCAAGUCGUACGGUCGGCGCUCGUGUCUGUGGGCGCACCGUAACCAGCACACGAACCCGGCGCGGUUCAGCUGCGCGCACUGCGACCGUCAGUUCACCAGUCAGUCGGCGUACACGGUCCACCAGCGGAUACACACCGGCGAGAGGCCCUACAGGUGCUCCUCCUGCUCCGCCUCGUUCCGGCUACUCAGCUCGCUGAAGCGGCACAGCGAGACGUGCACGGCCGGUCCGGGCGCGGGCGCGCCGGCGGUGCCCGCGCCGCUCGGGCCCAUCCAGGUGCAGCUCAGCACCCCCGGCGGCGGCACGGCGCAGAUUCAGAUGCCGGCCGUGCCGCCGCCGUACGGCGCCCCCUGGCAUCCCCCGCCGCCUCCCCCGGUCCGCCCGGCGGAGCUGGCAGCGGCAGGCGACGGCGGCGGACAGGCGGCGCCGGGGCUCGGGCCAUUGUGAGGACGGCUGGAGACGGGUGGGCGAGGGGCAGCUGCGAGCUCAGAUACCAACUACCGUCAAACUCAGGGAAAGGGACGCGAGUGGGUUGAGAGGGUCGGAUCGCUGCAUUCGGCUUAAUAUUGACACGGCAUUCCAGUGGGAAGGAGUAGGUACGGUAUUUAUGGUUGAUUUAUUGGCAGUAUGUAACCAGCAGGUUUUUGAUUGUGAUGACUGCGUUAGUGACCGUUGCUGACGUGAAAUGCUGACUUCAGAGAGCCGACUCCGAGUACCUAUGUCGAUAGUUUGUUCCUCAAGCGCAUGCCAGAUUUUUGCUACUCGAUGUCGCUGAGAAAGUGCCUCCGAUGUGCAUUUUCUGUUUCAAAUGUCUCGACUCUGCUACAUGUAGAAGGGUCGCAUGUUGCCGAUCGUCUGGGACCAGGUGUCUUUGCCGACCGUGUUUGGAGGCGAUGCUCGACCCAAUCACGUCAGGACCAUGUUCAUUGUUAUUGUGUGUUGUUUUUGAUCAUUAUAUGAGAAUUACGGUAAGCGAGAA